AUAUUUUUUAAUCGUGUUUUGUUCCGACGUUCGUGUUUGCGUACGAAAUGAACAAAAGCAAAGAACACAAUGCGAAAAACCAACGGAUUCAGGUCUUCGCUCGUUGCAGGCCAUUAAACAGCUUUGAGAAAAGACAAGGUUCACCAUCAAUUGUUGAAGUUAUACCUGAAAAAAAAGAAAUUGUAUUGAAGGAUAAAAACCACAACAGAGAGUUCUUUUUUGAUAAGGUUUUCCCGAUAGAUUCUGAGCAGAUCUCUGUUUACAAAGCUGUUGUAGCACCACUCAUAAAAGAAGUUCUAAAUGGAUACAACUGUACAGUGUUUGCAUAUGGCCAGACUGGUACUGGAAAAACAUAUACAAUGGAAGGUGGAGAGAGGGGAGAUUCAAAGUGUUCUUGGGAAGAAGAUCCCAGUGCAGGAAUAAUUCCUCGAUCACUCCAUCAAUUAUUUGAAGAAUUAACAAAAGAAGAAAAUGUUGAAUUUACUGUCCGUGUAUCGUUCCUUGAAUUGUAUAAUGAAGAAUUAUUUGAUCUAUUGAGUUUAACAGAACUGUCAAGAUUGCGAUUGUUUGAAGAUUCCUCAAAAAAAGGGUCUGUUAUUAUCCAAGGGUUAGAAGAAGUUAAGGUUGAUUCCAAGGAUGAAGUUUAUAGUAUACUGGAAAAAGGCACUUCAAGGAGACAAACUGCAGCUACCCUUCUUAAUGCUGCUUCCAGUAGAAGUCAUACAGUUUUUUCUGUAACUGUGCGUGUAAAAGAAAAUACAAUAGAUGGGGAAGAACUCAUCAAAACUGGAAAAUUGAAUUUAGUUGAUUUGGCUGGCAGUGAAAAUGUUGGACGUUCUGGAGCAGUUGACAAAAGAGCUAGAGAAGCUGGUAAUAUAAAUCAAAGCCUUCUCACUUUAGGAAGAGUCAUUACAGCUUUGAUUGAGAAGCAACCACAUGUUCCUUACAGAGAAAGUAAACUGACACGGCUUUUACAAGACUCUCUAGGUGGACAUACAAAAACAUCUAUUAUUGCUACAAUAUCUCCUGCACUGUGCAAUUUUGAUGAAACACUCAGUACCUUAGACUAUGCAACGAAAGCAAAGAGCAUUACUAUCAGACCAGAAGUAAAUCAGAAAAUGACAAAGCGUGCUCUCAUAAGGGAAUAUGCAGAUGAAAUAGAGAAACUUAGAAAAGAUCUUGUUGCACUACGUUCGAAAGAAGGGUUUUUUGUUGAUUUGGAAAAUUAUAACAACAUGUUAGCUGAUCUUACAAAGAAGACAGAAAUGAUCACUGAGUUGACAGACACAAACAGCUUAUUAAAGGAAGAAAAUAUGAAGGUACAUUUACUUCUUGUUUACUUUUUUAAAAAAUGCAUGUUGACUGUUUAA